AUGGUUUCGAUCUCCCACACGAUGGACCCGUUUCUCUCUAUUCCAUUAGAGGUGCGCCAGGGCAUACUCGAAGAGCUGCCUACACUGCGAGACUUGCAGUCGGCAGCCCUGUCUAGCCGAGCCCUCCUUGACGCGAACAUUGCAUCCAGGCGUUUUGUCCGCUCCCGGGUGUUUCUCAACCAAUUCUACGAACUAGAGGCGGAAUACGACCCCAGACGGAGACCACAGAGCGGCAACCCUUUUGCAGUCGCUAGCCGCUGGAUCAGCCAACUGUCUAAGAAGGAUGCAUACGACGGCCUUAUACUCCGAGAUAUACUAUGGCCGUAUUUAUUAGCCGACCAAGAGAGCUCUACCCGCUCAUUAUCCCGAGUGACGAGCAUCAAGAAUACAGAAGUAUUCUGCUCGUGGGCUGCACAUCUAGCCUCCUCAUGUCGGCAAUUCCACGAUGAGCCCAAGGCCAGGCGCGUCGACGGGGAGACCCUGCGUCUCGUUCCUCCUAACAGCGUUUGCCUCGGCGAGGCAUGGCUCACAUGGCUGCAGACAACCGUUGCCGCAUCCAUGAGUCAAGGAGAUUACGGCUACGCGGGGUACAUCUGCAAGAAGAUGUGGUCCCGAUUCGAUCUGAUUCCAGACCAUCGGCACAAGCCGGGAUUGGACGGCCUCGCGCUGGUCAGGAUCACCUCGGCAGUCUGCAGCUGUGCCGACGGAAUUAGUAUGGCAGACUCGAUGUCUGCGUAUGCCAUCAACAGAGCGCAUUCCUCGGCUUGGGAAUACCUUCGGGUGCAGACUUCAGGCGGCAGCACAGUCCACCAGCCCGGCAUGUUCUGUUACCGGUGCCUUGACGGUGCAAAGUUGCUUAUAGAAGGAGCCCAGCACUCCCGCGGCGCUGUGGAACCAGGUCUGCCUCACCUCCAGAGAUUAUGGAAGAGCGUCCAGCCGAGGGGCAUGGCGUUCAACGCAUGGUCGCAUCUCUUCGUGAACAGUCACGCGGACCGACUCGCUGGAAUUUUCAAGGUGUGGACCAAGCUUCAAGAAGAUAGGCGAGAAACCUUCCUGCAGGAUAUCGAUCUCGACUGGGCGAGGGAUAUUAUCUGUCUUCUUCGAAAGAGCGGUGCGACAGAGCGGAGCCUGUCCUUCCAGACUGAGGUGUUCGAUUUGAUGUCGCCGCGCGAUCAUCAGUACUGCGCCUUCGGUCGGAACCUUGCAGAUGCGCACCUCAAGUUUGGUCGGUUACAAGAUGCAAUUAGCGUGAGGGAGAAGGUGCUGGAUGAGCUUCCUAAUGUCUCUACUGUCCGCCCUUCGUGGAUUCUGGCGCUCGCUCGUUUGUAUAGGAAGACUGGUCGUGAUGAAGAUGCUGGGCAUCUUUCUUCCCUAUUAAAAGUGGAGUAA